AUGCCGGCUGAGGCCUCGACGUCAAAGACGGGAGGGGUGAAAGCCCCGAAGAUGAUCGAUGGGCGGGAAGAGACCAAGGAGGAGCGGAAAGCGAGGAAGGCGGCCAAGCGAGCUGAGAAAGGGGUCGCAUCAGCAGAAGCGAGUGGGCAGUCGACUGGUAUGGUCCCAGCAGCUGGUCCGUCAUCGGAGGUGGCUCAACAUGCCGCCGAUGGAGCCGCAGGGAGUGAGAAGAAGAGCAAGAAGGACAAGAAGCGGAAGCGGGCGGAAGAGGUACCAGCGCCGACUGGAGAUGUCUCUCCAGAGGAGGGUGCUGCUUCGGAGAAGGCUGGAACUGUGGAGGCGGUCGUGGAUCCGCAAGAGGAGAAACGAGCUCGCAAAGCGGCGAGAAAAGCAGAGAAGGCAGCAAGCCGAGCAGCAGCAGUAGGCGGUCCGCCCCCUCCCGAAGUCAUCGCGGCAGAAACAGAACCGGCAGGACCGUCGGAGCCCGUCCUAUCUGAACCAGCCCGAAAAGCGCUACAGUAUGUCCAGUCCUACGCCGCCACGCACUUGUCUGAAGGCCCCACACCGGCCGAGGGGCAAAGAUGGAAGUUUAACAAGGCGAACCAGAAUUGGUUGAUCCGGAACGUAUGGAAUGAGUCUGAGGUACCGGAGGAACAUGUUGAUGCUGUGAUGCGAUACCUCAACACUAUCAAGGGUGGUGGACGAAAGGCCUUGAUCGAGAUGGCCGAGAAGUGCUCUGCCGCAUCCACCGCAGAUGCGCCAGAACCAGCUCCAGCUGUGGCACCCGAAGCAGCCGCUACGAGUACGGACCCCAAGACUGCGGUACCCACUCCGGCGGUGCCCGCGGCUGUUGUGGCUGCCGCAACGCCAGUCGUCUCGCCAGAAGAAGCCAAGCGGGAUCGGGAGGUCAUCAAGGCGAGGGCGGAGAAGCUGCUCGUGCUGCUUCGUGCGGAAUGA